GAGAGAACCGCGUACCGAAAGGUGAAAUAUAAACUAAACAAUCCCGAAGAUCGUCAUCUUCCUCUUCCACGCCCGAUCUAGGGUUAGGGUUUGUUCCAUGGCUCCAGACGGUCUAGGGUUAGGGUUUCUCCUAUUUUUUUAAGAGGCCUACCAUGCAUCCUUCGCCUCCACCAUGUAUUUCUUUAAGAGCAGCGCAAAUUCCCCUUCUUCCUCUUCCUCCUCCCCUAAAUCCUCUCCUUCCUCUCCUUCCAAGCAGAAGAUCUUCUUCUGGAAUCGAAAGGAAUCGCACCCCAGGCUCACGCGCCAGCGCAAGCUGCGCCACCUCAGCGACAUCGAGGUCGUUGGCCUGGGGGUGAAUUCGCAAUCCCGGCCGUCUGUCUCGGCGAAUUCUACGCCGGUCUCGCGGUCGCCAAGCGGGAGGGAGUGCUUGUCGGCCCGGGCUGCCCCGCUGCCGCUGCCGCUGCCGGAAUUGUCCGGGAUGUUGAGGAGGGCGGAGCCGGGGUUCUCUUCGUCCACAAAGACAGGGCGCUGUCCUCUCCCUUCUCCAAAGGACGGCGACGGUGCGGAUCUUGCAAUCGGGGAUGGGGUGGGGGAUCGAGCCCUAUCGACCUCUGCAAUCGGGAGUAGGUUCACCUACCAAGCCAUCCGCAAGGGUGUGGAGCAUGUUGCUGCAUCAUCUGCUGGAUCUACUUUAGGUCAUGUUAAGAAGGUGAUGCAUGAUCUAAAUGCUGUUGAAAACUUUCAAAACGACUUCAGGCUUAAUGAACCUUUUAAGAGUGCUCCAACUAGUGGCUUAUCAAGUCCUGUACGUAGUCCUAGAAGAUUGAGCACUGGGGAUUUUUUCCCAUCUUCUUACAUGGCUUCUAGAGGGUUUCAGGCUUGGUCUGAUCCAGAGUGCCAACCCUUAGACAUGAUCUUCUCUCCACAUGCUUCACCAGAGAAAUUUAUGGCCAGUCCUGACCUUUCUCCUCUGCAUAGCCCGAGAAUGAAGAGUCCUGGUCGAAAAUCUAAUAAUCCUAGUGGAGCUGCAUCUCCAUUGCACCCAAAAAUGUCCUCAGAGAGCUCUGCAGCUUGGCAUGAUAGUAAUGGUAUUGUUACGGUCCACCCAUUGCCCCUUCCUCCAGGAGCUACAGUGCCUUCAUCACCAGUUUUUGUUCAUCAAGCUACAGCAAAAUCAGAGGUGCCACCAAUGAUAAAUCAGUGGCAAAAGGGGAAACUUAUUGGAAGUGGAACAUUUGGAAAUGUUUACGUAGCCACCAACAGGGAAACUGGAGCCUUAUGUGCGAUGAAAGAAGUCAAUUUGAUUCCCGAUGAUCCAAAAUCAGCCGAAAGCAUGAAGCAAUUAGAGCAGGAAAUAAAGGUUCUUAGCCAGUUAAAACAUCCAAAUAUCGUACAGUAUUUUGGAAGUGAAAUAGUUGAGGAUCGCUUCUACAUAUAUUUGGAGUAUGUUCAUCCUGGUUCAAUGAGUAAAUAUGUUCGUGAAAAUAUUGGAGCUAUGACGGAAUCUGUGGUUCGCAACUUCACCCGUCACAUUCUCUCUGGGUUGGCUUACCUACAUGGCAAAAACACAAUCCAUAGGGACAUCAAGGGGGCGAAUUUACUUGUUGAUGCAUCUGGUGUGGUCAAGCUUGCAGACUUUGGGAUGGCAAAGCAUCUGAGUGGACAAGCUGCUGCACUUUCGAUGAAGGGAAGUCCUUAUUGGAUGGCUCCAGAGGUCAUGCAGGCUAUGAUGCAGAAAGAAGCUGGCUACGAUCAUGCUGUUGACAUUUGGAGUUUGGGUUGCACCAUCAUCGAGAUGCUUACUGGGAAACCUCCUUGGAGCGAGUUUGAGGGGGCUGCUGCCAUGUUCAAGGUUUUGAAGAAUGAAUCCCCUCCUAUACCAGAUACAUUGUCCCCUGAGGGCAAGAAUUUCAUACAGUUCUGCUUAAGGAGGAAUCCGGCAGAGAGGCCGUCAGCAAGCAAGCUGCUCGAGCAUCCCUUUAUAAGAAACUCCUGCCAUCAAGAACUCCCAGGAAUGAAACUGAUGGAUACGACGACGCCGGCACCUAGUCCAAGAGAGCGAACUAAUUUCAUGCCAAUCCCUCCAGGCAUGCUGGCAAGCAAACAGUUCCCAAAUGGUGAGACUGGCCAAUCUUAUCAUGAAACUUCCGAAUCCGCAGCAGCCUCUCGCCAUUCUCCCCGUUCUACCCUUGAGGCCAUCCCAAGUCUAUCUCCUCCACACUCGAACCACGGCACACGUGGUAGCUCCAGCUCUUCUGUGAAUCUUCUAAACGGAUUGCAUCUUGGGGCCAGCAGCGGCCGUUCUUAUGUGCUCCCUCAGUUCCAUGGAGCAGCAGUGACCCAUCUCUCGUAAGAUGGGUUGGUUGUAUCUCUACACGCCACAAUAACCAGACCCAUUGUUCAUGUGUUUCCUGGAGAAGUCCAAUGGUCACCUUUUUUGGGACAUGCUGGUUUAGAGAUUUGUACUCUUGUUCCCUGAGAUCCAUGUGCAUAUACCCAAAAUGGUACAGACGGUUCGUGAAAAAAUCCCUCGUCCCAUUUUCGAUGCACUUGGUGCUUCUUCAGGUCCGUUUGGCACAGAGCACAAGACCAUGUGUAUAGCAUUGCAUCGAUCUGAUUAUUCACCAUGACUACAGUUGUGAUGACCCUGUAUAUUUGGUGUUUGGUAUAAGCCUGUGUCAAUAGCGCUCAAUUGUUUGGAUGACACAAAUUGGCAUGUUCACAUACUAAUAUCAAUCUGUAAAUUAUUUUUCAAACACUGAAUGAUCAAAUUUUUUUUGCCCAUACAAA